AUGACAAAUACAACAAUUUACAGUGAAAGCAAUAUUAACAUAACUGAUGGGGUAAUAAUUUAUAUAAAAGAUAGUUUCAACUUUAAAAGUGAGACUAUUAUUGCUGGUAUGAAAUGCCUGCUAACAGUUUUAGACCUAGGAACAAGGCAUAUAGGAAUAUUGGCCAAUUAUAGACCUCAUGUUGUCAAUGUAACUGAUUUCAUAAAUUCUCUUGGUCAAUAUUUACAAAACACCCACUUAGAAGAAACAGAAAUAAUAGUAGGGGAUAUAAACAUUGAUAUCCUAACUUCUAGUGAAGAGUCUAACGAUUAUUUAAAUAUUCUAUAUGAAUUUGGUUUUAUCUCUACAAUAAAUAAAUUUAUAAGAAUCGAAAAAAACUCUAAAACUUGUUUAGAUCACUUAUUUAUAAAACUACCCAUUUAG